UUCAAAGGGGUCGGAGCUCAGGCUGCUAAUGCCACAUGAUCCAGACAGGACUCGCACUCGGCUGUCCUGCCCGUCUGAGGACGCCAUACACACCGCUUGCCCUAAUUGAUUUGAGAUGAAACUUUUGGCUCUCCAGAUCUCGUGUUACUUUGACUGGAUUUUGUGAGGAUGUGACAAGAGAUUCCAUCAAUGGCACUGUCACCAAGUCUACAGUCUGAAUGUGUACCAGAAUGGAGAGCUCAAUGUUGCCGUUGGUGAUGGAUCUGGAGCUUCCGGAAGCCCUGGAUGAUUCCGACAAGACCCUCAAAAAGCAGGAGCCCUGAGGGUGUCAGAGGUUCUCAGUCACUACAGGACGGUCUUCUCCAGACAUCUGACCCACCAGAACACCUCCACACCCCGAACCAGCUGCCAACUUGCCUGCUUGCACCAUGGACAUAUCCCAAGUCUCAAACACAAAAAAAAUGGCCGACAUCAGUGGAGCUCACAACGGCCCCUCCAACAUCCCCUCUAAACGGGCAAAAGUCGCCAACUUGGACCGGGUGGAAGCGGACCCCGGGACAAAGGAAGACACCCCCCCCCCUGAUGCGGCCCUUCCGGUCUUCCUUCGUAAACUCCGCAAGGCAGCUGUAGGCACGGGAUGUGACAUCAGGCUGAGGGUGUCGGUGGGGGGACACCCGCGCCCCACCCUGUGUUGGUACCACAACGAGGAGGAGCUGCGAGCCCCCUCGGGCGACGGGGACGCGGGGGGGCUGUGGAUCAGGGACUGCAAGCCUGGCGACGCUGGCCUCUACACGUGCGUGGCCACCAACAGUCUGGGGGAGGCCAGGAGCAGUGCUCUGCUGGCCGUGAUGGACCUGGGAGAAGACUCUGAGACAACUGAAGAUGAAGCUACAGAGUCCCAGGUACCCAUGGAAACCAAGGAAGGAUCCGGGAGACAGCAUGAUAAGUCUGGCCGGAGAGUGACUUCAGGUGAGGGAGGCAGAGUGAUGGACCUGGGCUCCGACGGUGUGGACCGCAGAGCUACCCUCCCAGGGGGACAUGACCCCAUUGUGGAGAGAGAGCUCAUGGCUCUGGGCUCCAGGCCCCCAGGGCCCCAUGACCCAUCACACGCUGCCAGGCAAGCCUUUGGUGGGGUUCCCGCUGAAGGGGGCCCACCUGUCAGACACCUGGGUGUGGAGCCCUUGAUACGGGCUUCCCAUGCUAACCUGGCCAGACCUGUUCUGGGGUCAGAGGAAAGUGUGUCUGUGGGAAGCGACUACUAUGGAAGCAUGUUCAGUUUAUACAGAGGGAGAACGUUUUCCAUGCCUUUGUAGGAAAGGCUUCUCCAUGACUCUACCAAGGAGCAAGAUGGGCCACUAAACCAAUUAGACCAAAUAAAAAACUUUGACCUUACAACCAACACAUACAUACAUUACGUCCAGAUAAACAUAUCUUUCAGAGCUUUCAUGUUUUUCAAGCUCAGAAUAUCCUUUUUUUUAUCUCGUGCUUUUUAUACAUUAUCACAUCAUCUCUCAUAUACUCUUGGUUGGAGUUUUCAGAUCAUACUUUCCUCCUACUCUGCACUAAUUAAUUAACAGCUUUAUAAUCACCUGUCUUGAU